AUGGAUUCGGCCUCGUCCUCAGACGCAGAGUCUAUCAUGUCGCCGUCCCGAAUAUCCUCGAGUGUCCCAAGCUCGCCGCCUCCCGUCAAGUCCGGAUCACCCGACGUGAAAGCCAGGCGCCCCGAUAUCGUAGAUGAAGAUGCCCUCGAAAAAGAAGAGGAGGCUGCAAGACUCGAGAACGAUAAAGAGGAUGGAAUACGAAAAAAACGAGCAUACAAGAAGAAGAAGAAGGCCGAGACCAAAGCUGAGAGGGAGGCCAAGGCACGAGAGCUGGAUGAGCUCCUGCAGAAGAGCGCCGCCUUUAGCGACAUUCUCACCAAGAAGACGCAGGUCCUCGGCCGUGUCGGAAGUAGCCUGGAUGGGAAGUCUCUGGGCGCGCAUAAUUUGGAGAUGGCGAAGCAGCCCAAAUGCAUGGUUGGAGGCACCAUGCGUGACUACCAACUGGAGGGCCUCACGUGGAUGUUUGAAAUUUGCUCUCAAGGAAUGAGCGGCAUCCUAGCCGAUGAGAUGGGCCUUGGCAAAACCGUACAGACCAUUGCCCUGAUCGCACUACUCCGAGAACAAGAAGACUACUUGGGUCCCCAUCUGAUCGUGGCGCCACUCAGUACCCUAUCGAACUGGAUGGACGAAUUUCGUAAAUGGGUACCGUCAAUUCCCGUCGUCAUGUUUCACGGGACAAAGGAAGAACGAGAGAAAAUCUUCAGAGUCAAUGUGCAGAAAAAUCUGAAAAACGGCCGACCGACGCCACAGUUCCCCGUUGUUUGCACCUCGUACGAAAUGGUCUUGAGAGAACAGGCCAGCUUGUCCAAGGUGAAUUGGGAAUUCAUAAUCAUUGACGAAGGUCAUCGCAUGAAGAAUGCCGACGCCAAGCUCUUCCAGCAAUUGAGACAGUUCCCGUCUGCCACCCGCUUGUUAAUCACUGGAACUCCACUACAAAACAAUCUAAAAGAACUCUGGUCUUUGCUUCAUUUCCUCCUUCCUACGAUCUUCACAGAUUGGGAAGCCUUCGAGUCGUGGUUUGACUUUUCGGACCUAGAGGACGAAAAAGGUACAGAAGAAUUCAUUGGGGACCAGAUGAAGCAUGACUUGGUCAAAAAGAUCCAUGUGAUUCUCCAGCCGUUGCUGCUACGCCGAAUCAAGCAAGAUGUGGCUGCGUACCUCCCUAGGAAGCGCGAGUACGUUCUUUUCGCCCCAAUGACCAAGGAGCAGACAGAUCUGUACAACGUAAUCAGCAACAAGAACAUGGAUACGAGAGCCUACCUGGAGAACAAGGCAGUGGAGAGCAUCACCAGCCGGGCAGCUUCGCAAGUAUCAAGCCGUGCUUCCUCGAGGUCGGGUACAAGGGGUACAGCCGCUAAGGGCAAGACUGGCUCCAAGAAGCAAGUAUCCCUACCAAUUCGCGAGAGCCCAAGGAAAAUCAAAGCCGAGCCUGAGCCUGUCCCUGAGUCAAAGCCCAACGUGACAAAUGCGUUCAGCCUCAUGAUGGGAAAACGCGCACCAGGCCGACCGCCCAAGGCUCAAGCAACUCCGGCUCCAGAAAAGACGCCUGCUGCCAAGAAAGGGGCCAAGCGCAAGCAGCCACCAACCCCCGUGGCGUCCCAGCCCAAGAGCGCGAGGUCUAGCAGACAUUCCACUCCUACUAGCACCCGAGCGCGAGGUCGCCCCAGUCGUACUUACAAGGAGGCCGAUUCAGAUGAAGAGAAAUUGUCCGAUGACGAGUUCGAAGCCAAGUUGGCUGAUGAGCUCGGAGCAAGCGAGGACGAAGAAGCGGACUCGACAGCUUCUCUCUCGCCUGAGGAAAUUGAGCGGGCGGAAACUCUCGAACUUGCCAAAAAACAAGUAGCACAGAAGAAGCUCGGCAAUCCCCUCGCCCAGCUCCGUCUCGUAUGCAACAGCCCACACAACUUCUACUACCCAUGGGCGACCUCGACCGACCUACCAAUGGACGAGUCCAUCGUCACGGCAUCCGGGAAGAUGCUCCUCCUGGACCGCCUCCUGCCCACCCUGUUCAAGGACGACCACAAGGUCCUGAUCUUCUCGCAGUUCACCACCCAGCUCGACAUCCUCGAGGACUACUGCCGGGAGCUCCGCGGCUGGAACGUCUGCCGCAUCGACGGCUCCGUCUCCCAGCAGAGCCGCCGCGACCAGAUCCACGACUUCAACAACGACCCGCGGCACAGGAUCUUCCUCCUGUCCACCCGCGCGGGCGGCCAGGGCAUCAACCUCGCCUCCGCCGACACCGUCAUCCUGUUCGACUCCGACUUCAACCCGCAGCAGGACCUCCAGGCCCAGGACCGGUGCCACCGCAUCGGGCAGACGCGCCCCGUCAUCGUCUACCGCCUCGCCACCAGGUCCACCGUCGAGGAGUCCCUCCUCAUGUCCGCCGACGCCAAGCGGCGGCUGGAGAAGCUCGUCAUACAAAAGGGCGGCUUCCGGACCAUGGGGCAGAAGAUGGACGGAGGGGCGGACCUCGACGCCGAGACCCUGCGCGCCCUGCUGCUCAAGGACGGCGAGGUCUACCGGACGAGCGGCGGCGACGGCGUGCUCGGCGACGACGACCUCAAGGUGCUGUGCGACCGGAGCGAGGAGGCGUACGAUAGGGCCGCGAGCGGUGAGGGCGAUGCGGAUGGUUACCGCGUUGUCGAGACUGGUGCGGACUCUAUCAAGAUGGCGCGGAAGGGCUGA